UCAUAUUAAUUAUCAUUUAAGAUAUACAUUUUAAACAAAUUUUUAAAAAAUAGUUUAGUAAAUUUUUAAAUUCAAUUUAAAUAUUAUUUCUAGUGAUAGAAGAUGAUUUUAAAUAAUUUAAUGAUAAAAUGUCCAUUUAAAAAUAUAUUUGUCAAAUAUUAUUGUGUGAGAAAAAAUAAUAUAGAUAAAAUAAAUUAUAUAGGAUUAAAGAAUACUAUUUAUUCUAACAUACUAAAUAUUGUUGAGCCAUCAUCUACAAAAAGUAGACCAAUUUUUAGAGUAUUGCAAACUUUUGAAGAAUGUGUUGAGACUGAUCAACCUAUAAUGGUGCCAAAUAAUGAAGAACUCAUUAAAAUGUAUAAAACUAUGGUUUUAUUAUCCAUUAUGGAUAAAAUUCUAUAUGAGUCACAGAGACAAGGAAGAAUAUCAUUUUAUAUGACAAAUGAAGGUGAAGAAGCUUUACAAAUAGGUAGUGUAGCAGGAUUAAAGUCUGAUGAUUUAAUCUAUGGUCAAUAUCGAGAAACUGGUGUAUUAUUGUAUAGAGGAUUUACACCUGAACAAUUUAUGGAUCAAUGUUUUGGAAAUAUAAAUGAUAAGGGUAGAGGUAGACAAAUGCCAGUACAUUAUGGAUCAAAAGAUCUUAAUUUUGUGACAUUGUCUUCUCCUUUAGCUACCCAAAUACCUCAAGCUGUUGGCUCAGCAUAUUCAUUUAAAAUGCUAAAAAAAUUGCGAUGUGCUGUUGUUUAUUUUGGUGAAGGUGCAGCAAGUGAAGGUGAUACUCAUGCAGCGUUUAACUUUGCAGCUACUCUUGAUUGUCCUAUUAUAUUUAUAUGUCGCAAUAAUGGGUAUGCAAUUUCUACACCAGCUAAUGAACAAUAUUGUGGAGAUGGAAUUGUAAGUCAUGGAUCAGGUUAUGGAAUUGCUACCAUACGUGUUGAUGGAAAUGACAUAUUAGCAAUGUAUAAUGCAGUAAUGAAAUCUCGUGAAUAUGUUUUGAAUAAUAUGAAACCAAUAAUAAUUGAAGCUAUGACUUAUAGGAGAGGUCAUCACAGUACUUCAGAUGAUAGUACUGCUUAUAGACCUAAAGAAGAAAUUGAAAUGUGGGCAAAAAAUAAUCCAAUUACAAAAUUUAAAUUGUUUUUAAAUAAAAGAAAGUUAUGGAAUGAUCAAGAUGACAUACAAUAUGAAAAUAUUGUUAGAAAAGAGCUUUUGGAAACUUUUACAAUUUCAUCAAAAAAAAAGAAACCAGACUGGAGACACAUGUUCUCCGACGUUUAUAAUAAUCAACCAGUACAUCUACUAGAGCAAAUGAAAAGUCUUGAAGAACAUUUAAAAGAGAACUCUCAACAUUAUCCUAAAGAUUUUUGAAGUGAUCAAAGACUUGAAAUAGAGUAGUUUUACUAAAUAAGUAUUUUACUAAAUUAAGAGAUUUUGGUGUACUUCAAGUCUUCUAGUUAGUGUUCAUGUUGGUCAUUGACUUCAAUAGUAUAGUCUUCUUGUACAUUUUUAUCAAAACAAUAAAAAAAAAAAAUUGUUGGGGAGGAAACAAAA